AAAUGUCAAUAGAUUGCUGUCAAAAUUUCCGCUGCAGAUAUUCGUCACUAGUUUUCCUUUCCCAGUACAAAAUUUUGCUACCUAUUUAUCAGCGAAUAUCGUAUAAAAUAUUGCUGUCUGGACACUGAGGACGCCCACGAAUAGAAACAUCGACGAAUAGUACUCGAGAGAAUAGAAAAUUAGAAGCCAUGGGAGGACUAUUCAGCUACUUCCGUGGUCUGCUGGGGAAUCGAGAAAUGCGUAUACUGAUUCUCGGAUUGGAUGGCGCCGGCAAAACAACUAUUUUGUACCGACUACAGGUGGGAGAGGUUGUCACGACGAUACCCACGAUUGGAUUCAACGUCGAGCAAGUCACAUACAAAAACCUCAAGUUCCAGGUGUGGGAUUUGGGUGGACAGACCAGUAUAAGACCAUACUGGCGAUGUUAUUACAGCAACACAGAUGCUAUAAUUUACGUAGUCGAUUCCGCAGAUAAGGAUAGAAUAGGCAUUUCUAAAGACGAACUUUUGUAUAUGUUAAGGGAAGACGAGCUAGCCGGCGCAAUCCUGGUGGUGCUAGCGAACAAACAAGACAUGGAGGGCUGCAUGAGUGUGGCGGAAGUGCACCAAGCGCUUGGUUUGGAAGCCCUCAAGAACCGAACGUUCCAAAUUUUCAAAACAUCCGCUACCAAAGGUGAGGGACUCGAUCAGGCAAUGGACUGGUUAGCGAAUGCGUUACAAUCGCGGAAAUAGCCCGCUGACGUUCGGGAGAACUCUCUUGCCAACCAAUGGGCAAGGAAUGAUUACAACAAACAUUCAUUAAGCGAAAAAUGAAGAAAAUGGGAGGAGAAAAUUAUUACCAGUAGUCGUUUUUCCCCUCAACACAUAAUUUACAAUAUACUGAGCGCAUUGAAGGAUAUGAGAGAAGUGAGGAAGAUUCCUGUAUUACUUGAACAGUUUGAAGUACGCAGUGCGAAUUGAUAUCCCUCCCCAAAAAUAUCUGGAAACAUCGAAUGUGUCACACGUGUCUAGCAUUUUUUUUUUUGUUAUUUUCGUUUUAUAUGCCGGUUCUCUUGUAAGAGUAUUUGGUCCGUUAAAACGAUUCUUGUCGCAUUAAUUUAAACUGUCGUAAAUAAAAAUAAUAUAUACACAUACAA